AUGUUGCAUGAACCUUCAGUCGAACAAAGGGGUCCAGAAACACUUGCUCCGGGCCAGGAGGAACCUCAGCAUAUCGCACGCAUCCUCGGCUCCUCGAUACGCGUACCCGAGCCCGCUGCAGAAGAUGGAAGCGCCUCAUGGCAUGAAUCAAGCCAUUUGAAUUCAAACCUGACAUCCUCCGGUCCGGGCUUGCCUCUGUCCACAGAUCCCAAUGCCCAAGCCAAUCCAGCGCGAUCUGACAAUCGGGGAGUAUCGCCGGAAAUGACGAGUGAUGUACCUCAAAUCUCAUGGGCUCAACCGACUAGUAACUUCGGGGACUUUGAUCUGUUCAUCGACAGUAUGAAUAUGCCCUGUGGAAACAACGCUGCAUUUUUGAUCGAUCAGCCAACCUUACCUCUUUCGCCCCACCCGUUAUUCGGCGAUCUGAAUGAAGUGCGGCCGGAUAGCCAGCAAAGUCCAUCACAUUGGACACCCCAUUCUACAACAAAGGACUCCUCGACGCCACGCUUGUUCGACGAGUUUUCAUCGACGUUUCCUUCCUUCGAGUCACCCUCCAAAUCUAAGCACGAACCUUGGAGGGUCUCACAGCCAGAUUGGGAAUGUCUACUCAACCAGUUACAAAGUAUGGCUUUCGCCCUGCCUCCCAACUUCCUGUUACCGUCACGUCACACAAUGACUCGCUACAUUGCGACUUACUUCUCGGGAUUCCAUCGUCACCUUCCGUUUCUCCACCUGCCAACGUUUGAGCCUACGAGACAACCGGUUGAACUUAUUCUAGCUAUGGCUUCCAUUGGAGCACAGUCCGCGUUUGAUAAUGCCAAUGCAGUCAUGUUCUUCAGGGCUUCAUACUCCAUCACGUCAGAGCGUUUGCGCCGACGCAAAGAUGAACUCUGCGACAUGAAGUUUUCAGCGGGCCCUCAAAAUGUCUUUUGUCAAGAUGCGACAACCCUGCCUCGACAAAUUCCAGAAGGUGUCUCUGCAGAUGAAAGCCAGUUUGCUAGGUUUGAUCCUCUGCCUAUAGCCCAAACCUUGCUCGUGCUCAUGGCAAUGGCAACAUGGGGCAACUCAAGGGCAAUUUACGACGAAGCUAUUGGGUUACAAAAUAUUCUCGUGAAGCUCAUGCGCGAAGAAAGGCUUCUGGACCCGCGCGCUCAACCAUCAGAAAUCAUGGGCUGGGAUGAUUGGGUCCGCGUGGAAGGAUUCAACAGAACAGUUGGCAUAAUAUUCAGUUUCUUGAUCUUCCACACAAUAGUCUACGACACACCACCCCCGAUAUUGAAUUCAGAAUUAGCUAUUCAUCUCCCAUCCCUGGAAACAAGCUGGGCGGCACGAAGUGAAAAAGAGUGGCAAGAAUCCCGCAGACAGCGUCGAUCCGAGACCUCAUUCCAAUCUUGCUUCUCUGGGCUUUUCUCAAAAGGAGGGAAUGAGAACAACUCGAUUCACCAUGGAUCUUCCUCCCUGGGUGGUUUCAUUCUCAUACUGGCCUUGAUUCAGCACAUUUAUCUUCUCAGAAACAUGGCCAGGUCAAGACCUCCCUUCAACCAAGGCCUUUCUUCAGAAGACGUGGCAGACAUGGAGCAAGCACUGCGGAGCUGGCAACACAGAUGGUACAAGGAUCCAGAGUCAUCAUUCGGUCCCGGAAGCCCCCAUGGCCCAAUAUCAUUCAAUUCGACUGCUCUACUCCGAAUGGCCUACAUACGUUUGACCGUCGACGUGGGUCCCUGGCGCGCACUCAACACCCACGAUCCCUCCGAAAUCGCAGAAUCCAUCCACCGAAGUCCGGACCUCGAGCCGACACCAAAGUUGACUCGCGCAGUGUUGUACUCCGCGCAUGCUUUGAGCAUCCCAGUCAAAAUCGGCGUCAACAUCGUGGCUCGCAAUCAGGCUUUUGCCUGGUCCCUUCAACACUCUUUGUGUGCUCUGGAGUGCGCCUUUGUCUUGAGCAAAUGGCUCAUUGCAAUACAGCUUCGAUCUCCUAGUGUUUCUCUGAGCGAGGACGAAACGAGACUGCUUGCAUACAUUUCUGAUAUGGUUGCGGAGGCGGACUCCGGCUUCAGCAUCGAUAGUCAUAGCGACGUGACUGCGAAUCUGCCUGAACUUUGCAUUCGAGUUGUUCAGAUCUGGGCAAAAUUACUGAGCGGGGUGGCCGUUUGGGAUGUGGUCCGAAUGAUAGGGAAAGCCUUGACUGUAUACGGGCAAAUGCUGGAACAGCAAUGGGGCAAGGUCGGCAUUGAGCGAAAUUUACUCAAUGACACGGAAUAG